AUGUUGGGCAGCCUUCUCCUCCCCACCAGCCCGCCGGGCCCAAGGGGCACUACUUAUUCCCCCACAGCAGCGCCGCCCCUUCCUCCCCGCAGAAACUCCCUGUCCACCCAGCCUGCUGCCAAAACCGCCGCCAAAACCACCCCGCUGCACAUCAAGACGGUCAAGCUGUCGGGCGCCAUGGACUCGCGUUACACGCGCCCCUCGUCCCCCCGCAGGGCAUAUGGCAAUCCUGCCAGAGCAUCCACCGGCGGCUUCUCUGACCCAUACUACGACUCGUCGUACUAUGCCCGCCCCAGCUCCCCACGCGCCAGCGUUGAUCGUUUGGCUGCUGCCUCGUCGAUUCAUUCCCCUUACUGGAACCAGCCCACUGCCUCUCUCGCCGCUGCCCGCACCAGCAACCUCAAGUACGACUCGUACACUACGACUCGCCCCCGCCGCAACACAAACGACCUGACCCGCCCCAACGUGAGCACCAGUGCCCUCCCUCAGACGUCCCUUCCCCUCCGCACUCCCUACUCGCCCCACGCCACCUCCCAUGCCGACCGUCCCAGAAGCCCCCUCACCUCUUCCUACGACAAACGCGCCGACACUUAUAUCACCUCUGCUCCCUCGCGAUCCCACAAGAAGGUCUACAGUGUCGAUGAUACCAGCCACUUGACCAAGCUUGUAGCAGAGGUCGAUGCCUCGCGCCACAGGGACCACGCAGAUAGGGGCUACAAUGUCACUAGUGGUGGUCGUACUUACCAUGACUCCAAGCCUUCACCGCGCCUGUCUGACAUGAGUAACGAUGGCUACUCCUACACGGACCCCGCAAGCAUGUACCGCGACACAGAGCCAGCCUGGAGACGUCCACGUGCUGGCAGCAUUGAGCGCAGUUCUCGUCCGACGAGCAUGAUUGCCGAACGCCCUCCACGCACCUCUACCCGUGAACUCGGCCCUCCACCAUCCACUCGAGGCUUUGACAAAAUUCACCCCGCUCCACGGGUCCAUGGCCGGUCAUCUUCGAUUGACAGAACCCCAGUCCCCAAGUAUGACCCCUAUCCGGAUGCACACCUUGGCCGAUCAUCCUCCACACGCUCCCGAGCCCCAGCUGCCGUUCAUCAGGAAUCCCGCGAACACCGUCGUGACACGUACCGUGACGACUACGACCGCAGGGAUGUCGAGAACAAACGCCACAACACCACUUUCGAGGACCGUGACGUCACAUCCCGAGGAUUUGGCAUCGCCCCCACCGGCCCUCCCCCCCUUGCACAUGAUCAUCAUGCCCUUGAUCGACAGCCUGUCUACCCUCCUCAAGAGCCUCCCCGACCCAGGGUGCAGGAGCCUGCCGCCUCGUACUAUCAGCCCGAGCGUGCCGAGGCUCGCAUGCCUGAGGUUCGUAGUUCCCGUGACCGCGACGUACCCCCUCCAGACUAUGACCGACGUCCCCGUGAACGGGACCAUGGCAAACAUGACAAAUACGAUGGCAAUGGUUUUGUUCCCACCGCUGCUGGAGCUGUUGCAGGCGUUGCUGCCACUUUGGGCGCUGCUAGCUACAUGAAGGCCCGUGAAAAGGAACGAGGUAGUGACCGUGACUCUUCUGGAGAAAGAGAGCGAGAGCGCCGAAAGGAAUACGAUGAACGUGACAGGCGGGACCGUCCUGAUGAGCGACGCGAGAGGAAGUCUGAAGGCCGCCGCAACUCUCUAGCACCAGCUCCAGCCGUGGCUGCCCCCGUUGCCGCCGCUGCCGCUGCUGCCCCUCCUCCAGCUCCUCCAGCACAGAUUGCUGCUCCCGACUAUCCAGCCUACCCUGACCCAGAUCGCAAGUACCGUGACCGCCGACAGGAUGAUGACAAGGACAAGGUGCCUGUUUCUUCCAGAAAGGCCCCAUCGCCUGAAGGCAGUGGAGAUGAACGGCCACGUCAUUACGUUGACCGAGAUGCUGAGAGGCGAAAGGAGCCUGCUCCACAACCAGCUGCUGUAGACCCCGAUGAGGAGUACCGACGACGCAUCCAACAAGAAGCCGAGCGUGCCGGUCGCAGCAACCGUGACCGGGAGAGCGACUCUGACCGCGAAAAGGAUAGACGAAGGCGAAAGGAAGAGCGUGAAAGAUCCAGGUCUCGAGGCCGAGAGGAACCGUCACGUGCAUCGCCUCCUCGGGACGCACCUAGCUCCCGGGAUGACCGCUCUUCAGCCACCCAUAAUGGAGGCAUGGUGCAGGAGCCUGACACACUCGACAAGGAAUCAGAGCCUGCUAGCAAGAGCGUGCAGAUUGUUGAGCCACCCAAGGAACCCGUGGCACCUGUCAAGGGCAUUCUCCGCAAGCCUACUGCCAAGUUCCCAGAGGAUCCUGAGCCCAUCCGCGAGGGUGUAGCACCCCACAAGGAUGCUCUCAAGGGCAAGGACAUUCCUGUUGGAGCUCGAUGGACAAGGAUCGACCGACGCCUAGUCAACCCAGAGGCCUUGGAACAGGCCAAGGAACGUUUCGAAGAGCGCAUGGACUGUGUGAUUGUACUCCGAGUCUUGACCAAGGAAGAGAUUCAGAAGCUCGCUGAUCGUACAAGGAAGAUCCGCGAGAGCAGAGAGGAUGACGAGUACGAUCAUGAACGACGAGAGAGAGAGGACCGUGACAGACGCAGCCGCCGCUCCAAGGACGACCGAGAUGACGAGGAUCGCGAUGAUGACCGCUAUCAUCACGAACGUGAGCGACGUCGUCGCUAUGAUGAUGAGAGCGACUACGAAGGCCGCGAUCGGUCAAAGAAGCACGACAACGAUGACGGAAGGUGA